ACGCGCGUGCGCGCGGCAUGGAGCGCUUCAGUGAUUUUUGGGACAGUUCUAGUUGUGUCGCGUCGCGUUGCGCGGUGAGUGUUUGACGCGAGUUGUGAAAGAUUGUACAAAUAUCGUGCAAACAGGAUUUCCGUGGGAGGAGGAGCCUGAAUUGAUGCGAACUGAUGUGACCGUUGAUCUACGUGUUUGUUUCCGUGUUCAUGGAGAAACACGGAAACGUUCAUCGCACGCUAAACGUCACAAAACCCCCGUUUAAUAACGACAGAAACAGCAGCGGAGCGACGAGAAUGCGUCUGCAGUAACCCGGACUGACGAAGGAGCGGACCUGCACCGCACCAUAUUUGUUUUCUGUCGUCUCGUCUCCGAUCUCUCUCUGGACUACCACGGCAUCAAUCACUCCCAUAUAAUCUGACUUUCACCAAAAAAGUGCACUGGGACCAUGAUGCCGUUGGUCGUCACACUUCUCUGUCUCUGCAUUUUAAAGAUGGGCGGCUUUUCUGCAUCUGUCACUCAGGCCUCUGUCCAAUCAGACGUGCAGUGCCUGGACUGGGGCGUGUGGAGCGAGGGCGCGGUGCAGGUGUAUGACGGCGAGGUGGCGUGGCUCUACUGUCCUCUCUUCUCUCAUCCCACGCUCUACAGCUACAAUCAGACUCAGAACAGCAGUCUGUCUCUGCUGUGGUACCGACACACACGCACGCACGAGCUCGAGCAGCCCAUCAACCUCAAACUACACACACUGCACAAAGAUCGAGAGUAUCUGUGGAUACAACCGGCCACGGCGCAGGACGCUGGACUGUACAUCUGCAUGCUCCGCAACAUUUCCUCGUGUGUGAAGAUCGGUGUGGAGCUGGAGGUCAUUCAGCGGGACAAAGAGUGUGACCCCGGAACUCGACCUCACCUGAACCUGACUAUACCGAUGCAGAGCGACCGAACCCUUGAGUGUCCUGACCUGAAAACCCUCACGCUUCCCAACAGCACAUACUCCGUCACCUGGUACCAUUUAUGCAGGUCUGAGUUGUUUAUAGGAAACCGAGAGCUGAAAGGAGACGAUCUGGUGAUCUACAGGAUGUAUACCCCAUACGCUGGCCUCUACACGUGUGUCGUUUCAUAUCAGAUGAACGGACGCACACUCCAGUUCACACGCGCAAUCAACAUCACAGCUGUUGUUGCUAAUGUCGGCAGUAAAGUUCCCGACAUUCUGAAUCCCGCAAGUGAUCAGAUCUACACAGUGACUCUGGGAGAUAAAGCGACGCUGUCCUGUCGGGUGCAUCUGCCUCACCUGUUCAAAGAAAAGCAGGAGAUCUGGUGGACCAUCGAUAACAAAACUGUGGAGCAACUCGCCGACCCGCGAUUCAGCUCACCUGAGGCCACGCUUCUGUCGGAAUAUUUCGGCGAUGAGACGAAAGAACGACUCCUGCAUGUGAUGGAUUUUUCAGCUGAUGACCUGCAGAAGGAGUUCAACUGUUCUGCCAGAAACAGCCGCGGGUUCAACACCAGCAGAGCCAUUCUCAAGAGCCAACCGUAUGUCCCCACUCUAGAGCUGGGCUGUGGUUUAGGUGUGACUCUGGCGCUCAUGUUGAUGAUGUUCGUCGUCUAUCACGUGUUCUGGCUCGAGCUUCUGCUGCUCUAUCGCUCCUGGUUCGGCUCGGAUGAGAGAUACACAGAUGAUAAGCAGUAUGACGUGUACAUCUCGUACGCACGCAACAGCGAGGAGGAGGAGUUUGUGCUGUCCACGCUGCGCAGGGUCCUGGAGACAGAGUUUGGUUACUCUGUCUGCAUCUUCGACCGGGACAGUCUUCCUGGAGGAACUAUAACAGAUGAUACGCUGAGGUUUGUGGGUCAGAGCCGGAGGCUGGCGGUUGUUGUGAGCCCGUGCAGCACUGUCCGUGGGACACAGGCGCUGCUCGAGCUGCAGGCCGGAUUGACCAGCAUGCUGCACGGCGGCAGCCUCAGGGUGGUUCUGAUCCAGUUCAAACCGGUCCGGUGGAAGAGCUGGGUCAAAGAGCUCCGUCAGGCCCGUCUGGCGCUGACACUCAUACGGUGGCAGGGCGAGAAAUCGGCCCCUCUGUCCUCACGCUUCUGGAAACAACUGCAGCUCGAGCUGCCCAUGAGGAGGACCACAGACAAACACAUGCCGCUGCCAGACAUCACACAACACACACACCACGCCGAAAACACACAUCCUGGAAAGGAGAAACUAAUCGAUUGCUAUUCUACAAGUGCGUUAUAGACGUCCGUCGUGUCCGGAAUCGCUCUCUAUUCCCUAUAUAGUCAAAUUUGUAAAGCGCUUUUUUUUUUCCAUUUUAAAGCAGCUUUACAGAAAGUCGAAUAGUGGAUGCCAUAUAUUAUUUAUACAUCACUUUAUUGUGUCAAAACAAGAAAAUAAUGAUUCGGUGACGCAAACAGAGUUCAAUUCUGCUGUAAAGAAGCUCUAAAAGUAAGUGUCAUUGUUCAGUGUUGAUUCAGUUCCGUUCAAUAACUGUGUUCAUAAAGUUUGUCAAUUAUGAAAUGAGUUAUAAAGCAGCUGUGGAGAAAACAGUGAUGUCAUCAUUAGGUCAGUUCAGCUCUCUUUUGAUUGUGUCACUGCAGUCAGAUCAGUAAUAUUGCUGAAUAUUAAGUGUCUAUACAGUGAGCAAAUUCUGACGUUGAUGUAUAUAUUGUGUGCCGGAGAGGGUAUUUAAUAAUUUAGUUAAUUUUGUAUUAUUUUUAUACUAUUAUAAUAUGUAUUCAUAUUUUGAAUUAGCUUUUAUUUUUAUAUUUUCGGUUUUCUUUUUAAUUUUAGUUUAAGUAAUUUUGUUAUGUGCUUUCGUCAAUUUUAUCUGUUAUAUAAUAUAUAUAUAUUAGGGCUGGGACAGUAUAUCGAUGCAUCGCGAUCUGUGAAUUUUCCAAAUGCAUCGCAAAUCGAUUCUGAGCUUAGUUUUUAACAGCAGAUGGCGCUCUAGGCUAAUUUUUAACCACAUGCUUAAAUGCUCACAAAGAAGAGCGCUCGUGCGUUCGGUUGAGUCUGAGAAUGUACUUGCACCUCAGAAUGCUUUUAUGAUGCGAGAUUAAUGUAAACAGCCCUUGUAAUUCACAUUUCGAACUUUAUGAAUGAAUAUUUUAAAUAAGGUUCAAGUGGUGUGUGUAAGGAAUUGAAAGGAAGCAAAGUAUACUUUCUUUUAUUUUUAUUUCAGUUUUAGUUGUAGUAAUUUUAGUACUUCAACUAAAACUUUUAUUUCAGUUAAGUUUUUUAUGCUUUUACUGGGGAUUUCCAUCAUUUAGUAUUAUUUUUACACUAUUAUAGUAUGUAUUAAUAUUUUGAAUUAGCUUUUAUUUUUAUAUUUUCAGUUUUCAUUGUAAUUUUAUUUUAAAUAAUUUUGUCAUUUUUAUCAGUUUUUUUAUGUAUGUUUCUGAAUAUCUUUGUUUUAUUUUUAUUUCAGUUACGUUUUUUUUAUUAUUAUUAUUUUAUUGGGGAUUUCCAUCAUUAAUUUAGUAUUAUUUUAUCCAUUAUUUAGUUUAAGUUUUGGUCAUUUUUACUAGUUUAUAUUUUUACUGGGUUAUAUGACUUUCUUCUUUCAGACGAACACAAUCGGGUUUACUGUGGGAGAUAUAUAUAUAUAUAUAUAUAUAUAUUAUUUACGUUUUAGUACUUCAGCUUAUUUUAUUUCCGUUAUUUGCCGAGGCACUAAAUUCUAAACUCCAUUUCUAAAUUCUGUUAAAUAUAAGGUUUUUUUAUAUUUAAGUUUUUCAUGUAAUAUUUAUAUUCAUAUUUUCUUUUCUUUUUUCAGCUUUAUUUCAGCUAACGAAAACUAUUUUUAAUAGUUUUACUGUAGUUAACAAACAGUCAUUUUAAGCAAACUUAAAAUAUUUGUCAGUCAGACCUUAAAUAUUUCCUCUGAGAUUUUAAGUAAAUAUUUCAAUAAUUUAAUAAUGCUUUAGUUCAUAGUUCCAUUAAUGGUCACAUGCCAUGCAAGUAAACAAAUACAAUAUUUCAUCUUUUUUUUUUUUUUAAUUUAAAAGUAUUUAUUUAUUUUAAUUAUACAUUAUUAUGGCUUAAUUAUUAGCUUUUCAUCAACUCGUGAACCCCUGCGCUAGUGGUUUGGGAUUGUUCACUUCUCAUUGCGGUGCAUUCUGGGAUUGAAUGAGUGCUUGUUUGAUAAUAUGGUGUGUGACUACAGUAAGUGUGAGGUGUGUUACUGAGCCUCAGCCACAGGGGGGCACAAUCAGGCUGGACAAUUCAAGAUAGUUCAGAUGAAUUUAUGGUAUGUCAGAGGUUUCCUUCCUUCUUUCAUGUUCCAUAACAAACUUCAAGCUGUUUUCAUUCAGUUGUAUUUGAGUCUUUGGUUGUUGUCAUGCAGCAUCUUAUAUGACCAUGUCAUGUCCUGUAUGUUCUGUGAUCACAUUUUUAAGCUGUUUUGAUAAAUAAAAUGUAUUUUUGCAUCUA